UCACACCAUUUCACUCCAGCCAUGGGGUUAUUAGUGCUCUUGCUUAACUUUGUAGUCGUAAUAUUGAGUACGCAAGACUCAACUGCACAGACAACAUAUGAAUGUGGGGUGGCUCCCCUAAAUUCACGUAUAGUGGGUGGCACUGAUGCCCCUGCAGGUAGCUGGCCCUGGCAGGUCAGCAUACAUUACAACAACAGGCACAUCUGUGGAGGAACACUGAUCCACAGCCAGUGGGUGAUGACGGCAGCUCACUGCAUCAUCUCUACUAACAUCAACGUCUGGACGCUGUACUUGGGAAGGCAAACCCAGAGCACGUCUGUCGCUAACCCAAAUGAAGUCAAAGUUGGCCUUCAGUCCAUCAUUGUCCAUCCAAGCUUCAACAACACACUUCUCAACAAUGACAUCUCCUUGAUGAAACUGAGUCAACCGGUGAACUUCAGUCUGUAUAUUCGUCCCAUCUGCCUGGCAUCCAAUAACAGCAUAUUUUACAAUGGCAUAUCCUGCUGGGCCACGGGUUGGGGAAACAUUGGCAAAGACCAAGCUUUGCCGGCCCCGCAGACUCUUCAGCAAGUGCAAAUCCCAGUUGUGGCCAACUCACUGUGCAGCAUCGAGUACGAGUCGGUGAAUAACGUCACAAUCACACCUCAGAUGAUUUGUGCGGGGAAAGCGAACAAAGGAACCUGUCAGGGCGAUUCUGGAGGUCCAUUUCAGUGUAAACAGGGGUCUGUGUGGAUCCAGGCGGGCAUCACGAGUUAUGGGACGAGUGUGGGCUGCGCUCUGGGAGCUUUUCCAGAGGUGUAUUCACGAGUCUCUGAGUUUCAGUCUUGGAUCAAGAUGAACGUCCAGGGAUCUGUUAUUGACUUUGUAACCUUUACAUCUAAUUGCACAGACGCCAACGUCACAUGCUCAAACGCAGCCUCACCGCAUUUCACAUUCAUCUCUAAUUUUAGCAUUCUCUUCAUUACGCUAAUCUCAUACGUCCUCAUACUCAUGGUCACUUAAAACCGACUCAUGCAAACAUGCAAUAUUAAUAUACAAACUCAGUAUGCUUCCAUCCACCUAUUUUUAUGCGCAUUUUUGCACAAAUUUUUAUCAAAUUCGGAUUAAAAAAAAAAAACAGCAUAAAACUUAAUGGAGCAUAAAUUUUGAAAAUGUUUUAAAAAAAAAAAAGCUUAACGAAGUAGGGUAAACUUUUUAUCCAAUAAGACAAAAAUGUGCAUAAACUACGAUGGAAACACCAUAAAAUUAAGCAUGCACUUCAAAAAAGUAACAUAAAUUAAAAAUAAUUGCGUGAUGGGAUGGCAUUAAUGGAUAAAACAUCUCAAAUGCGAUUUUGGAUCAUUCUAAAAUCCCUCGGCCAAAAUCUGUCAUCACAGUGGUUCAGUAUUAUUACCUCCAGAACAUAAGUCAUUGUGCAUAAGUCUAAUUCACAUUUUUUGAUGGAAACAUAGCUAGUAACAGGGUAGAGUACAGUGGCUAAGAGAGCUUAAAGUGCUGCAAUUUCAAAACCAAUUGCUCGCUUUUUUUAAAUGUCUAAUCAUCUUGUUUAAUCCCGCCCCUUUUCACAGCACCGUCAUACCUGCCAUACCUGCCGUCAUACACUUUUUCCUGGGAGUCUCCCGUAAUCCAGACCCAUCUCCUGUUGUCAUUUCUCCUGGAAAACUCCCGUAAUUUCACUCCCUUCCCCUGGUCUUCAGCUUUUUGGUACAAUCUAUAAUACCCCUGGAUCGCCGACUAUAUAUAACAUCCAAUCGCAGCUCGCGAAAAAAUUCUUUUACAAGUGGAUCCAAAAACGUGACGGACACCACUGUACCAUGACUAUUGCUCAGUGAAGUUGUAGGCGAUCUUUGAAAGGUGAGUUUUUGUUUAUUUUAACAUCCUGAUGUUAUUAGCCUAAAUAACCAUAACCUAAAUAGCCGAGUCCAUCACAUUUUAGGGUCCCCUUGAAACAUUACCGUUCUGUUCUCUGCUAUUUAAAGGUGUUGUGACGAAAUGCAGCACAUUUUUGUAAAUUGUUUGCAUUGUGAGAAAAUGCAGCACGUUUUUAAAAAAUGUGUUUGCGUUGUGAGGAUUUGCAGCAUGUGUGCUGUCAAAUAAAUGAGGAUCUUUUCUUAAUUUGCUGGCGUUUUUUAUAAUUGCACGUUUUCUUAAAUUGUAGCAUGUUAAGCUCUCUCAGCCACCGUAGUAAAGUCAUAUCCAAUGUGUCUAAGAAAGGACUUUUAAAGUUUAAAAGUACUUUGAGAAAUUACCUGAAAACGCUCCUGAAGUCUUUUGACUUGUUAUUUUGAGAUGCUGGAUUCUGCUGGCAGAUGCCAUACAUUCAUUGGAGAAUAAAAGCACCGUACAGCUAUACAAUUAGCAAUAGGUUUUGAUGAAAUUGAUGGAAACCAAUGUUUAGAGCAGUGGUCACCAACCCUGUUGCCGAAGAGCUACCUUCCUGCAGAAUUCAGCCGCAACACUGAUUAAACACACCUGAACCAAUUAAUAGGACCUACAGCAGUUGAUGAUUACAGACAGGUGUGUUUGGUCAGGGUGAAGCUGCGGUCAAGCUGCGGUCACACUGGGCUUUGUGUAUGCGAAAUUCUGUCGUGCGGCGCUGCGAAAAAGGGGCGGGAUUAAACAAGAUGAUUAGACAUUUAAAAAAGCCAGCGAUUGCUCCGUGUUUUAAAUUUCUGUCCAGAGAGGUCAUGUUUUGAUCCUCGAUUGGUCUCACGCAGUCAAGUGAUGCGAUUUUGCAGGUCAGAGUUCACCAAGCUUAAACUUUGCACCGCAGCAUCAUACGAAACUUGACGCAUGACCUUGCAUUUCCGGUCUGACGCAUUCACGUGCGUAUGAAUAGAAGUCUAUCAUGGGAGGAAAAGCCCAGUGUGACCGUCACACUGGCUUUGUGUGUGCCAAAUUCUGUCGUACUGCACAUUGAAAAGGGGGGCGGGAUUAAACAAGAUGUUUAGACAUUGAAAAAGCCAGCGAUUUGCUCCAUGUUUUAAAUUUCUGUCCAGAGAGGUCAUGUUUUGAUCCUCGUUUGGUCUCACCAGUCAAGUGAUGCGAUUUUGCAGGUCAGAGUUCACCAAGUUUGAACUUUGCACUGCAGCCAACUGGAAAAUUAACGAAUGACCCUACGUUUCCGGUCUGACGCAUUCGCGUGCAUAUGAAUUGAAGUCUAUGGGAAGAAAAGUCAAGUGUGACCGCAGCUUUACAAUGGGGAACAUGCACACGGACUUGUACUUUCAGUCAGCCAGCCCCAGGGCUUCCGGUUAAUUGUCAUCCCAUCCAAAAUGGCUGUGUUUAAGAUCUGAUUUUUUUUUUCUUUUAAAAACAGUGAUCUUCACUGCCUGGCUGAGAUACGAUAUAAAGUGUGUAUCAGACCAAACAAGAAGCACUGCAUUAAAUUAUAUUUUUUCCACGCCAUGUCUUUAAAAUAUUGAACUAAAUUUUACUCCAGUAUUUUCAAUGGAUUUCCUGCGCGACAGCACCUGCAUUUAAACAUUCUUUUGUCUAUUUUAUGCUUUAACAACCAAAUGGAUGCAGAAGUCUAUUUAACUGAUUAUAUUUGAAUUACAUUACAACAUUGCUCCUGUAAAAGGAACCUAAUGAAAUUGAAAACAGUCACACGAAGCUUUCACUGAAAUCUGAAGCCCACUGAAAUCUGCAGGAAGGUAGUGCUCUAGGAACAGGGUUGGGAUGCAUGAUCUUUAAAUGUGGCAUGAUCAAAAAAUGUAGAAGUGAAUUAUUCCACCAAUCCACUAGAGGUCGCUGUUUACAUUUUAGCGAAUCUGAAAUAAGUUACUCAGGGUACGUUUUGUUGUGUUUUGGGAAACGCGUCCUCGUUGUAGUACACUGGAAAGCAAGACCAUUACAUAUUAGCUAACAAACACCUUCACUAAACCUAACCAAUAGUGUUUUAAAAAGUAUACAGUAGAGAAAUGUGCAGUGCAAUUGUGCAGUUUUAUCUUUAUUUUAUUUUUUGUGUGGAACAAUAUAGAAUUCACUAUAGAAAGUGAGCUACCACGCCAGACAAAUUGUCCAUAUGGGUGAGGCAAACAUAUUGGAUUACACCUCAUAGACUUGUUUUGUGGAAUUUAUUUGGUGUUGUGCAAUGUACUCUGCAUGAAAAUAACCACUUAUUAGUCAAAGAUAUGUCCCUGUAAAAAUCACAAGUGUGGAAAAAAAUGAGUUGUUGCUAUCAUACUGUCUCAUCGUGUUUAUGUUAGUCAAAUGUGUGUUUAAGUACGUUUAUGGUUUCACAAAAAUGUAUUUGUGAAAAAUGUACAUUUGUCUGCAAGUUUUGCGGUUUUGACAAAAAUGUAGGCUGAGCAUGUUUUGGUAUCAGGUCACAAAACCUGUUAACAAAUAUUUGUCUCAUUUUUCACCCCAUUAUCAUGAGAAAACUGAUGUUAUAAUUAAAAACAUGUUUACAA